CUCUCCCAGAAUGCAGCGCGGUGCUGAGCUAAUAUGGCGGCCGUGGUUCCAGUUUGUGUUUGAGGACUACCGAGCCCCGAACGGAACCAUGGAGCCCGCACAGCCCUGAGCACACACCGCCUCCAGAGACCCACAGCCCGAACCCCGCCGCUCCGAACCCGCUGGGCCGCCGCUGUGCCCGGAGGCCGAAGCUCCAAGCCCGUGACGGGAUACCGAGGCUACAGGCUAACUCCAGUUAGCGGCCAGCGGAGUCACCGUGAACCGAAACACCGGAAAACAGUCCGGUUUGAUGUGUUUAGGAGGCUGUCCUCCCUGGACGUCCCCAGCGUGGUGUUGACUCUGCCAUCACAGGAGGGAUGGAGGACUCCACAGGCCCAGUCAAAGCGGCGCCCGGUCGAACGGCCAAAGCCUCGUCUCCAGCUCACAGAGACAGCCUGAAGUCUGUCCAACGCUGCAGAGAAACCGUCAAUGUGGCCACAACAAAGGACGACGGGGGUUCAGGAGGACGAGGACCGAUCAGGACCGGCUCUGAUCCUCCUCAGGAUAAGAGGCGGCCUCGACCCUGCAGGACGACUCGACUGACCGGACGGACCAGUUCAGGAGAGAGAAACAAAAGCAGAACCGGUCUGAACACGUCAUGUGAUGGGCCGAGCAGUGAGGCUCUGGCCUAUCCUGGGAAAGCUGAGCCUGAGCAGCCAAUGAAGGACAAGUGUCACACUGUGAAGGCCGCCGUGCUGCGUCACACCAUCGAAGGGGUCCCAGAGGCCAGGACCCCCCAAGAGGAAGGGCCUCUGACAGAGCAGCAGCUGGGCCUCCGCCAGGCCGAAGACCGCCUGCACAGAGACUACAUCCACCGCCUGGUCAAACAGUCCCCUGAAUAUCCCAACUAUCAGUACUUAUGCAAGCUGUGUUCAGUCCACAUCGAGAACAUCCAGGGAGCUCACAAACACAUCAAGGAGAAGAGACACAAGAAGAACAUGAUGGAGAAACAGGAGGAGAACGAGCUACGAGCCCUGCCCCCCCCUUCCCCUGCCCAGCUGAGGGCCGUGGACGCCACAGUCAUGGAAACCGCAAGGCACCAUGGGAUAUCAGAGGAGGACUUUGAGGUGCGGAGGUCUGUGGUCAGCAGGAUGGAGCAGAUCAUCCAGAAACACCUGACAGCCUGUUCUCUGCGACUCUACGGCUCCUGUCUAACCCGAUUCGCCUUCAAGACCAGUGACAUCAACAUAGACGUCACCUACCCUUCACCUAUGACUCAGCCUGAAGUCCUGAUCCAGGUUCUGGAGAUCCUGAAGAACAGCUCUGAGUUUUCAGAGGUGGAAUCAGAUUUUCAUGCCAAAGUUCCUGCUGUUUUUUGUCGGGAUGUCAGCAGUGGCCUGGUGUGUAAAGUGAGUGCAGGAAAUGACGUGGCCUGUCUCACCACCAAUCACCUGGCAGCACUGGCCAAACUGGAGCCCAGACUGGUUCCACUGGUUCUGGCCUUCAGAUACUGGGCCCGGCUGUGUCACAUCGACUGCCAGGCUGAAGGUGGAAUCCCGUCGUACUCGUUUGCGCUCAUGGUCAUUUUCUUCCUGCAGCAGAGGGCGGAGCCUAUCCUGCCGGUCUACCUGGGUCAAUGGAUCGAAGGCUUCGACGUGAAGCGGGUUGACGAGUACCAUCUGACCGGAAUCGCUUUGGACAUGUUCGUCCGAUGGGAACACCGACCUCAGAGUUCAGUGGACCGAGGGGAGAACCGAUCCGACAGCCGAGCUGAGAACCGAACCAAGACCGACCAGAACAAAGCCGAGGACGCUCAGUACUCAGAAGGCCUGACCCGGCUCACCUUAGACUCGGGUAAAGAAGUGUCGCUGGGCCAGCUGUGGUUGGAGCUGCUGAGGUUUUACACUCUGGAGUUCGCUCUGGAAGAGUACAUCAUUAGCAUCCGCCUGAAGGAGUUCCUGUCCAGAGAAGUGAAGAACUGGCCUCGCCGGAGACUCGCAAUUGAAGAUCCUUUCGCUUUGAAGCGGAAUGUGGCUCGCAGUCUGAAUAGUCAGAUGGUGUUUGAGUACAUCCAGGAGCGGUUCCGCAUGGCCUACAAAUACUUUGCCUGUCCGCAGAGGUGGGGUCGCAGGGGGCGCCAGAGAGCCAAGAACGCUGGGAAACACAGAGCUAAUUUGGAGGGACCAGAGAAGAAGAGCGAAACCACGGAUGCAAACGAUAGGAAAGGAAGGAAUAUGGAGCUGGAGUCGACAGAGAGCCUGGAUGAAGAAGGUCCAGAUCCGUCCAUGAAGAACCAACAGAAGACCCUAGAGUCCAGUCUCAUAGAACUGGUCCUCCAUGAUGACUGCCAACCUACAAAGAGGUCAGAGGUCACAGCACUUUCCCCCAAUGGCCUACUAGACAGUGAGGAGGGGGAGGAAGAAGAUGAGGACGAGGGGGAGGAGGAGGACAAAGAUGAGCGUGCUCCAUCAGAGGAUCUGCACUAUGUGUUUGAUAAGAUGAUCUUCACCGGAGGGAAGCCUCCUACAGUUGUGUGCAGUAUCUGUAAACGGGACGGUCACCUGAAGGACGAGUGUCCUGAAGAUUUUAAGAAGAUUGAGCUGAAGCCUCUUCCUCCGAUGAACGAGCGCUUCAGAGACAUCCUGGACGGACUCUGCAAACUCUGCUUCUAUGAACUGUCUCCCACUCUGUCGGAACAGCAGAAGAGGGAGCAGAUCCUGGCUGGUCUGGAGCGUUUCAUCAGGAAAGAAUAUAACGAUAAAGCUCAGCUCUGUCUCUUCGGUUCCUCCAAGAAUGGCUUCGGUUUUCGAGACAGUGACCUGGACAUCUGCAUGACUCUGGAAGGCCACGACACUGCAGAGAAGCUGAACUGUAAAGAGAUCAUCGAAGGCCUGGCCAAAGUGCUGAAGAAACACACAGGUCUGAAGAACAUCCUGCCCAUCACCACAGCCAAAGUGCCUAUAGUCAAGUUUGAGCACCGGCAGAGCGGUUUGGAGGGCGACAUCAGCCUCUACAAUACUCUGGCUCAACACAACACCCGGAUGUUGGCGACGUACGCUGCUCUGGACCCUCGAGUUCAGUACCUGGGCUACACCAUGAAGGUCUUCGCAAAGCGCUGUGACAUCGGGGACGCGUCCAGGGGAAGUCUGUCGUCCUACGCCUACAUCCUGAUGGUGCUGUACUUCCUGCAGCAGAGGCAUCCUCCGGUCAUCCCUGUCUUACAGGAGAUCUUUGACGGACACUCUGCUCCUCAGCGGAUGGUGGACGGAUGGAACGCCUUCUUCUUUGAUGACCUCGAGGAUCUGCAGCAGCAGCUGUCGGAGUUACCUCCGAACACCGAGUCUGUGGGCGAACUGUGGCUGGGGCUGCUGCGAUUUUACACCGAGGAGUUCGACUUCAAAGAACAUGUGAUCAGCAUCCGCCAACGCAAACGCCUCACCACCUUCGAGAAGCAGUGGACCAGCAAAUGCAUCGCCAUCGAAGAUCCGUUUGACCUGAAUCAUAACCUCGGAGCUGGAGUUUCACGUAAAAUGACAAAUUUCAUCAUGAAGGCUUUCAUUAAUGGAAGGAAGUUGUUUGGAACGCCGUUCUACCCCGUUCCAGGCGCUGAAGUGGACUACUUCUUCGAUUCCAGGGUGCUGACAGAUGGAGAGUUGGCGCCCAACGAUCGAUGUUGUCGAAUCUGUGGGAAGAUAGGCCACUACAUGAAGGACUGUCCGAAAAGACGCAGGAUAAAGAAGAAGGACACUGACAAAGAUGAGGACAUUAAAGAGGACGAUCGAGACAUGAAGGAGCGACGCUGUUUCCAGUGUGGAGACAUGGGACAUGUACGGAGAGACUGUCCAGAAUACAGACACCUGAAACAGAGGAGUGGACAGACAGCUCCUCCUCAUAUGGUUCGGUCCAUGGUCAGUUCACAGUCCAUCCCCAUCCCUCAGAGUUCUACUGACGGAACCAGUAGAACCCGACAGCCCUCUGAAUGUUCAGACAGCCGUCACACACCCCCCUACUCCCCCCAGCCCCCCCCCCCACCUCACUCCUCCUCCUCCCAGUCCUCUGGUUCUCCUCAGCCCCCUCACAGUAAGACCAGCUCCUCUUCCUCCUCCUCGGGGCUGAAGCCAGGGCCACACCCCCAGGGGCCCCACCACCAGGGGCCCCACCCCCAGGUGCCCCUGCCCCUCUUCAGUUUCCCCGCCUCCCACCCCACCCCCUACCACUCAGGUCCACUCAGCACUCUGGGUCUCCAGCCCACCCCCCACCCCCACCACCACCACCCAGUCCACCCCUGGCCUGUCCAUGGCCCUGUGCUGACCGCCUCCUCGCCCACGGCCCCCUCCCCCCCCAGCCUCAAGUUCGCCCUGCGUUCACAGGCAACAGGAAGCGGCAGUCCCACAGGUUCGGGCCCUGGGGGGGGCAGCCCCGGGGGUGGCGGCCCUGUCAACCUCAACGACCCCAGCAUCAUCUUCGCCCAGCCGGCGGGGAGGACUCUGGGCCUGGGGGGCCUGGGGGGGCCAGGGGGGCCAGGCCGGGACGGCCAGUGGCACAACCAGCUGACACAAGCACCGGGAGGGGCACUGAUGGGCAACGGCAACGCAGUGAAGUCAGACCCCCCCUUCCUGACCCAGGCGUCUCGGUUGUGGGACCCCCACAGUAAGACACCCCCCCAGUACACGCUGUCUCCGUCCUGGCGGUACCGGAUGCCCCAGAACUUCAUCCAAGCAGGGGGCGGAGCCUUCCAGACCACCAAGCCCUUUGUGGCCCAGGGCUCAGUGGUCCACCCCAACCCCAACUUCCCCCUCGUCCCACAUGUCCGACAUCCAGUCAACCUGAACUUCAUCCAACAGAAGAAGUGACCUGGACCUGGACCUGGACCAGAACCAGACCCAGAACCAGACCCAGACCCAUAGGAACUGUUUAAAAAGAGACCCAUGGGAACUCUUUUAAACAGACUUUUAUCAUUUUUGUACAGUUUUUAUGUUUUAUUUUUUGUCUCAUUACAUUGAUUUGUGAUACAAAUGUCAAAUAUUUUAAUACCCCCAUUUUUGCAGGGGUCCAAAAAAGUGUUUUUAUUUUAUGUGUAAAGUACGGAGCAAAAUGUAAACCUUUAUUUUUCUUAGCUGUAUUCAUACUUUGCUUGAAGGCUUUGAAUAGGAGUUUGUUUUAAAAGAUCUAACAUGUGACCGUCAGUUCAUAGACGCAGGAUAGAGAAAAAAGGGACAAAAUCACAAAUAGGA